AAUCUUAAAAAUGCUCUUACGUCUUUUUUUCUCCUCCGUGACCGGAAAUGGCUCGUGCUGAGGUUUAUUCCCCAAUGCUGUAGCUGUCCCUUUAUAAGUGCACUAAGUAGGGGGUGAAAGCACGAGCCCUUCCUCCCUAUCCAGUGCACUCGGUGAGUGAGAGAGGGGUGUUUGAUACCGGGGUAAUAACGGGACUCCUCCAGAGGGCAGAUUAUUUAUCCCGGGAUUAAAAUAAAGACAAUAAGAAGUUGCGACUUUGUUUGUGUAAGAGAUACCGUGUGUAGAGAGACCGAGAGAGGCGGGGCUCGGGCUGUGUGCGGUGUCGCGUUAUAACCUCGGAUUCAUAACCCCACUUUCAGCCUGUAACAGAGUUCCUGUUCGGAGACAAUGGAGUCUCUCCGCCAUCAGCAGCGCCUCCAGCCCGGGGUGGGAUACGGAGCCACACUCAGAGCCGCGCUCAGGCCCGGAGUCACCGGAACCGGAACCGUGGCCAGCUCCGGGCCUCCGCCGCCGCUCCCUCCGCUCCACAGCCUCAGUGCCGGGUUCAUGAGCCACACCGGACUCGGAGCUCCAGAACCGGUCACGAACCCGGCCGUGCUGCGGGAGGCGGUGGACGCGGUGGUGCGGAGCUUCGCCAAGCACACGCAGGGAUACGGCAGGGUGAACGUGGUGGAGGCUCUGCAGGAGUUCUGGCAGAUGAAGCAGUCUCGAGGAGCUGAGCUGAAGAACGGAGCGUUGGUGGUGUAUGAGAUGGUUCCUUCCAACAGUCCUCCAUACGUCUGCUAUGUCAGUCUCCCGGGGGGCAGCUGCUUCGGGAGCUUUCAGUUCUGUCCCACGAAAGCCGAGGCCAGACGCAGCGCUGCCAAGAUCGCCUUAAUGAACUCGGUGUUUAACGAGCAUCCGUCACGCAGGAUCACCGACGACUUCAUCGAGAAGAGUGUGUGUGAAGCUCUCGCAUCCUUCAACGGAAACAGAGAAGAAGCGGAUAAUCCCAACACGGGAAUCGGAGCGUUCCGCUUCAUGCUGGAGUCUAACAAGGGCAAGUCCAUGCUGGAGUUCCAGGAGCUGAUGACGGUUUUCCAGCUGCUGCACUGGAACGGAAGUCUGAAGGCCAUGAGGGAGAGGCAGUGUUCUCGACAGGAGGUGUUGGCUCAUUACUCUCACCGCGCUCUGGAUGAUGACAUGAGGACACAGAUGGCGGCAGAUUGGGUGAACCGUGAGCAUGGCCUGGCGGGCAGCGUGGCGCGAGAGCUAGCGGCCACUGAGCGAGAGCUGGAGGAGGCGCGGCUCGCCGGACGAGAGUUACGCUUUUAUAAAGAAAAGAAGGACAUCUUAAUCAUGGCACUGGGGCAACUGGGCAGCUCCAACAGCACCACACUGCCCCUGACCUGCUGAAGAGACGGGAUACAGCGGUGAUGGACCAUGUAAUGUCCACACACACACACACCACACACACACUCACACCACACACACACACCACACACACACUCACACACACACACACACACCACACACACACACCACACACACACUCACACACACACACAAGCGCACACACACACACACCACACACACACACACACACACACACACACUUACACACACACACACCACACACACACUCACACACACACACACACACACACACAAGCGCACACACACACACACCACACACACACUUACACACACACACACACACUUAUACAUAUACACACAUACACAUACACACACACUUAUACAUAUACACACACACACUUAUACAUAUACACACACACACACACACACACUUACACAAACAUAGACAUACAUAUACACACAUACACAUACACACACACUUAUACAUAUACACACACACACACACACACACACACACUUACACAAACAUAGACAUACAUAUAGACACACACACAUAGAUACACACACACACACAGAUGUUUCUCUGUAAGUUGGAGUUGGAGCUCAGACUGAAUUACAGAGUCAGAGUCAGAGUCAGAGCUGAGUGUAUAAAGCUCAGAUCUGGAGCAGGACCUGAUGUUCAGUAGUGUGUGUGUGUGUGUCGGUGCUACAGAGUUCAAAUCAUCAGUAAUCUUAUAGCCAUUAUAAACACACAGAAGUGCGAUCCAUCAUCUCCCCAACAUCAUCAUCAUCACCUUCAUCAUCAUCAUCAUCAUCAUCAUCAUCACAACACACGUCUGUGUAAACACACACACACACACACACUCCACAGAGAAUCUGGUGAUUAUUUUUGUAAGACAGUUUAUUGUUGUUGGUGUUGAACACACCUGUAUGGAUCUGAUCACCUCUCACUCACAACACUUGUGUAAAUGAUGUAGCGUGGCCAUUGUACUCCGGUCAUUUCUGUCGGGAUUGACCUUUUUAUACGACGCCAACCGGUUUUAUAUAACCACCGCCAUUUCUUUUCUACGACUCUUUAUUAUACCUCUGUUUGUGACGAUUCAGUAUCCAGUUUCCUUUCUAGAUUUAUAUUCUUUAAAUAAUAAAGACAUUUUACACUA